GCUGUGAUGCUGGUGUUUCUGUUUUCUCACGGCAGUGUUUCUAGUUCUUCUUUAGACAGCCACUAAUUUUCGUGCGAAGUGGCCGAAGAUCAAGCACGGCACCGAGACGAUCUUACGGAUCACUACAACUUGAGUUUUAUGGUUAUGUUCGUUUAAGCCAACGAACACCGUGAGGCACCAGAAAGAGCCAGUUCAGGCGCGUAAGCAAGACUAGUUGCGGCCGUGUGACUGCAUUGACACGGAACAUAAUGGCGCAAAAAGGAUUUUGUGUCCUCCUCGUAUUUGAAGAGAGAUCCAAAUCUCCCUCUCACGGCCCGACUCCCUCUUCUCCGUCCCGUCGCAGAAGUCAAUCCUGCACCAGAAGACGAGCAACCACAGAAGAGCAAAGCAAAAGGUAAAACAAGGAAUCAAGUUGAGGUCAUGGAAUCAAGUUAACUGGAAUCAAGUUAAACCUGGAAUCAGGUUAUAUGGAAUCAAGUAUAAACCUGGAAUCAAGUUAUAUGGAAUCAAGUUACUACCUGGAAUCAAGUUGAAUGGAAUCAAGUAAACCCCCUCAUCCCCAUCAAUCCUUCGCCUCGCAAUGCCUCACCUUGGGAGAAUCUAUCUACUGCUCUUUUUGUCGUGUUUUGUGACUGCCAUACCCUCGCGCCUAAACUGAAGUUCUCCGCUAUUUUUUUCCAAACGCGGCCACGUUUAUCAAAGGUGUCUGUCUGGCUUUUCUUCCUCUGGUCGAUAGAGGCGUGGCGAAUAAUGUUAGCGCUAAGCUUCGCGCGCCCGUCUUGCUUUGCGGCUCUCUGUCGAAAGUUGUCGGGGCUUUCGCCUGCUCGGAGUUCCAGGACCGUCCCUCUCGGAGUUCCAGGCCCUUUUCGCCUCCUCUCGGGAGACCCAUUGCUCUCGGGAUUCCGUUUCCAUUUCGCCUUCCUGGGGAUGGUGUCGGUCUCGGGGGAUUCCGUUUCGCCUUCCUGCGGAGGGUGUCUCAGGGGACUCCCUUUCGCCCUCCUGUGGAAGGUGUCUCGGGGGCCUCCAUUUCGCCUCCCUUGCCCUUCGGCAGGUCUCUCCGGGGAUUCUAUUUCGCCCCCUUCGGAAGGUAUCUUUGGGGAUUGGCAGGGAUCUCAUCUCUGGGAGUUCCAUCUUGUCUUCCCGGUGUCCGGGGUUUGCGCCUGCAGCACUUCUAAGGGGCCGAGGCUUUGCCUCAGUCAGGUGUUUGGCAUUUGCCAACCUUGGCCCCUUCGCCUUGGGGAGAUCCGGGGCGUUUACCUUCGGAAGCGCCGAAGCCUUCACCUUCGGAGGCUCGCUCCGAAGCUUCUUUGGCUUCGGCAGCCCCAGAUGUCUCGCCUUCGGAAGCUCUGGCGGGUCUCUCGCCGGCGGAAGGUCCGCAGCUUGGUUGCCUCUCGAGGGCGUCUGAGUUGUUUAUUUCCUGGCUGGCGCGAAGCUUUCGUCAUCGACUCCAGAUUGAUGAAUGGCCCGAGCUUAUUUACACCUCCUGUGCGAGCUUAUUUACAAUCCUGCACCAGAAGACGAGCGACCACGACAGGAGAGCAAAUAAACAAAAGCCUUUUACACGACCCCGCCGCGGCUCAACAGAGUAGACCACGCAGGGAUCAUGCGGUAUUAUUAAAUGAGGCUCCGUACUAUGCUGUUGCUCCCCCAGGACGCAAUGACGAAGUAGAGGAUCUUCCUCGAUUUGUACUAGAAAGAGCCCGCGGAAUGCGCGGCCGAGCAGAAGCAGCAGCAGUAGCCGUACCACAGGAGAGAAAAUCAAGACCCAGACGACGCGUGCCAGGAGUGCGGAAGACAGGGUUCUUCACCACUGCCGCGGCCGUUGCGGUUUCAUGUAGCCGGUUUCACGAUCUACUUCAUUUCACAGUGGGAAGUUCGGCUGCCGCUUCGGCCGCCGCACAGGAAAGUGGAGCAGUUGGUGGUAGUACCUCUUCAUCUGGAGCAAGUACUUCUACGACCUCCUCCUCCGAACAGGGAACCUCAACAUCUUCCAACACCCGCCACCUGUCCGCUGCGGAGCGGCUCGAGGAAGAGAUGGAACAGUACGAGCCGAUCAAGGGCCCGCGGAUGCAGACCGGUAAUGGAGGGUACUACCGGAACCAAUUUUGGGACAUGAGUCUUGUGGGUUUCUCCCCGCAGACGCUGCUUUCUUUCUACCUCGAGUCGGGUUCCGAGCAGCAUUUUUUUCACGACGUGGAGAAAGCGCCGGAGGUCUUCCGCGGCGGCUAUUUCCUGAUGGAUGAGUCCUACCGGGGGUCGGAUAGCGACGACAACACUGAUUUCCACAUUUUGGACCCCGACGGGGAGCUGGUCUACACCCAAUCAUACGGGGAGGAUGGAAUGUUCGAAGCGACGGCGAAGAAGCCGGGGACCUACACCAUGGUGAUGCCCAACAAUUCGAAUCAGAAAGCCAUGGUAAACUUCUUCUUUCAGUCCGGGCAGCGGAACAACGUACACGAAGACUAUCACGAAGUAACCACACUGGAGGAAUCGGUCAUGAGCAUAAAACGGAAACUGCAGGACAUACAAACGGAAGGAACGUACCUAUCAAUUUGCCGCUAUCUCCAGUACUUGUGAACCCGAUUUUUAUUUCGUCAUUUAUUAAAGAAUAACAACUAACUACACGACUCCGGCAUACAAGCGCAAACUACAGAUGAUGUAAAUGACUGUUGUAUGGUGCGAAGAUGUUGCGCAUCAAAAAGCCUCCGGAACUACAGGUACCUGUGGAUGCGGCAGAAGGCGCAUUUGCACUCGAUUGAAUCCGUGAACAAUCGGGCUCUGUGGUUCUGCAUCGUCGAGCUGCUGACGCUACUGGCGCUCGUUGUAUCGCAAGAAAAAAGUGUUACAGUUACACAUUGUGUUGCAGGCCAAGCAAGACAGACAAGCUCUGUCAUGCCGGAUAUGCAUAGGAACCCCGUUUCAUAGGCGUUUUCCCGUAGGAUUUCUGCAUUACAAGUUUUCUCUCUCAUGCAGAGAAAUUUGUGUUGCUGAAUUGACUACAAAUGUGUAACUGUAACACUUUUUUCGUGGGAUAUGUUGUCUUCCAAGUGUACUACGUGAAAAACUUGAUCACGGAGAAAGCAGCGUCGCGAGCGGGCUCGAAAAUGCAUCCCGGGAGAUACUGAAGACGAUGUUCUUGUUGCGCAUACGUCGUACUGAAGAUUGUGUGCGAUUUAUGAAUGUGCAUGAGGAGUGGAGCAAAGCUUAAUAGGUAUGUUGAGAUGGAAUUUGGACGGAAUCGGUCGCAUUACAGUGCCUCUUUAUUUCAUCGCCAUCUGAUCUCUACUGUAGCAAAAGCAACGAACUUGUGCGAAAGAGUCUGUCAGUAAGAAAAAAAUCUGUACCUCGCGCCGGUACUGCAACCGCUGUGGUACCCCUCCAGGUUCGUGUCAGAUGAU